CUCACUCUCUGGCUGUUCCUGUAUAAAUACACUCCUCUACCCCUAAAGCCGCCCCAGUCCACAGUCUGCAGCAGGAGAAAGCACUGCAUUCUUCAGCCAGGACAGCAUGGAGUCUAUCAAGUCUAGAAUAGAGAUGGGGAAGGAAAUGAAGGACGAGGACAAGAUGUAUAAGCGGGAUGGGAUUUGGUACUCCACUAUCAUGUCCCCACCUGAAAACUUGGACGCAGCGAAGGUCAUGCAGGCCAGGGAGGAUGACGUGUUUCUGGUGGCAUACCCCAAGUGUGGGUUCAACUGGAUGGUGGGUGUAGUCAAGAAAAUCAUGAACAUCUCGUCUGGAAUUACUGUCCCCGAUCGCCCACCUUUAAUCGAAUUUCACUCUCCAGAAGUGCAUCAGAUUGUAGCACAAAUGCCAUCACGAAGAUUUCUUGGAACACACUUUCACCCAAAGUACAUUCCGGUGUCAUUUAAAGACAAGAAAACAAAGCUGUUGGUGGUCUUCAGAAACCCCAAGGACACAGCCGUGUCUUACUAUCACUUCAUGAACAAAAACCCAGUCCUGCCCAACGUUGAGUCCUGGGACAAGUUCUUCUCAGACUUCAUGACUGGUGAAGUGGGCUGGGGUUCAUAUUUUGACCAUGCUGUGGCCUGGAACAAACAAAUGGAUGAUCCAAAUGUGUUGAUUGUGACCUUUGAAGAGAUGAAGGAGAACGCACCAGCGGGUAUAAAGAAAGUUGCAGAAUUCUUCAACUUCCCCUUAACAGACGAGCAGAUCUCCACCAUUGCUAAAGAAACCACCUUCAGUGCCAUGCAGGAAAACUCCAAAAAGAGCCACGCCCAGAUAGCAAAUGCCAUCUUCAGAAAAGGUGAAGUCGGUGAUUGGAAGAAUCACUUCAGCGAGGCCCAGAGUAAACAAAUGGAUGAAGAAUUCCAGAAGAAGCUUGCAGGAACCAAACUUGGAGCCAAGCUGAAAUAUGAUCUUUACUGUCAGUAAUACAGUAACACACAGCCAUCAGCCAUAACAUUACAACCACCGAGAGAUGAAGUAAAUAUCACGCAUCAUCUUCUUAUCAUCUUACAAUGGCAUCUGUUAAUCAAUGGGAUAAUAUAUACAUAUCAUGCAGCAAAAAGUGAACAAACAGUCAGCAAAAUGUGAAGGAUCUGCUACAAAAGUCUUGAUGCCAGCCAGAUAACACAGGACACCUUCAGAGGUCUUGUGGAGUUUAAUACCUCAGCAGAUCACGACUGUUUUGACAGCACAAGGGACUACAUACUAUUAGUCAGUUGGUUUUAAUAUAAUGGCUGAUUCAUAUAUACAAUGUGAAGCUUUUGUAGAGAGACAGACUAUUAACAGGACUGAUUUUUUAACAAGUGCACAAACAUUGCUCACUGAAGUUUUAAAGCAUCUAAUGUAUACAAAUGACUAAUAAUACUGAUUUUUUUUACUUAAUAAAAUAGGAAAUGCUGAAA